CGGAUAGUUUGUCUCAGAAUACUGUGCUAAACAGUAAAAGCGUUGCCAAUACCAAAAUGUACGGGAGAUUACGAGUCCUCAGUGUACCAAGCUUCCGCCAAGUAGUCGAUCAGGAACGCGAUAAAAAAUAUACGGCUUAUCAAAUCCAAAUUGUGUAUAAUGGAACCAUUAAAUCACUUGAGAAAAGAUAUAGCGAAAUCCUGGAGCUGCACAAAAGGAUGCAAAAAACAAUGACAUUACGAGCAGACUUUCCAACAAGAAUGGCACUAAGCAAAGAUCAUAAAUUUCUAGAGUCAAGAAGACAGGGUUUAGAAAACUACCUACAAGCUGUUAUACAUGAGGGCUAUGAAGAGUUACCAGUUGAAGUUUACAAUUUUUUUGAAGUUGGUCCUUUGACACAGCAGACCAAAAGCAUGGAGGACAGUGAUUCCAUUGAUGGUGAAUUAGAGCCACAAAGACCUGUGAGCAACCAUCAGCCUGUGAUUUUCUUUGAUAAAAAUCUGUUUUUGGAACUGUCACCUCAAGAAAUUGAGGAAGAGAAACAGCUCUUGGAUGUGGUUUUACAAGGGUCCUUGGAUGGUUUUUAUGAAGAAAAUUGACAAGAAGGACUGAAUAAAAGAUUGAGGAAGAUUUCUGGUUUUGCAACAUGUUAUUGCAUGUCACUAGUCCCUCGUUUGUUUUUUCAUUGCAUUCAUUUUGUAAUAAUGAAUUUAAUUUGAAGCAAAUAUUCAGAAUUUCAGGAAAAAAUUAAUUUUGAAAAUUAACACUUUCAUUU